AUGGGCCUCAGACCUCACACCGCCUUUUCCCCCUGCACCCGGGCCGGCCCCCGGCGGGGACUCGAGAUGCUGCUGCUGCCGCUGCUCCUGACCACGCUGCUGCCCUUCACCAGCGGGGAAAGUAAGAGGAACUUGCCGCCUGCUUGCCUGCAGCUGUGGCUGCUUUUGUCGCUGGCUUUGGGAGAAGCCGGUAAGAAGUCCCUUGAACUUCGCUGCCUGUGUGUGAAGACAGUCUCUGGCAUUCAUCCCAGUAACAUCCAAAAUUUGGAGGUGAUGGGGGCAGGAGCGCACUGCAGCCAAGUGGAAGUGAUAGCCACCCUGAAGAAUGGGAAGGAAGUCUGCCUGGACCCCGAAGCUCCCGUAAUCAAAAAAAUAGUCCAGAAAAUUUUAGAAGAUGAUAGGCUAGCUAAUUAG